UAUCAUUUUUCCUACAUAUUGUUUUGUCAAAUACUUGGUUUCUACUCAGUAAUAUGUAAAGAGCAUCACUUUUCCCAGUUAACGAAUUGGAAAAUCUUAAAAUACCAUGCUAAUACCUCAGUGAAUUUGAAGGUCGCUCGAAGGACGUUUUCAGUCGUUGACUUGAUCACUAAUUUAAAAUUUGAAUACGACUAAAGUAGAUCUAUCCGGGAAAAGUAUCUAGGAAUAUUUUAAUUUCAGGAGUAUUGAAUAAGUUUUCACUAUGCAAGUAGAGUAUAAAUUCGACGUGGAUUAUGCCAAAAGUAACAGAUCCAAGUGUAAUAAAUGCAAAGUUGAAAUCAACCAAAAUUCUCUGCGUAUCGCCAUCUUAGUACAAGCUCCAAAUUUCGAUGGGAAAAUCCCCAGAUGGUUUCAUUAUGAUUGUUUCUGGAAAUCGAAAGCGCAUGUUGAGAGUACUGCUGAGAUCAAAAAUUUCGAUUCCAUCCGUUGGGAAGAUCAGGAGAAAAUUAGAGCUGCAAUUAAUAGUGAAAUCGGUUCUUUAAAGCCAACCAAAACCCGCAAAUUCACUGUGAAGUUAUCACAUGGUGAUUUAACGUGUAGUCAUUGCCAGAAACCACUAAAUCACGAACGUCAUACAGUACUUGGAUCUGGGAAAAAGCCAACAUUAAUGUGUCACCUAUCCUGUUUUCUUAAAAGUAAUGAGUGUCCAGAGGAUAUUUCACAACUGAUAGGUUUUAAUAAAUUGUCGACUGUCGAUCAGGAUGCAGUUGUUUUGGCAUUUCGUGAAAAAUCAAAGGAAAAUCGUAAACGUCCUGGACAACAAACUGAACAAGACUCAACAUUGAAAAAAGCUAAAUUAAAUGGAGAUGUUGAACAGGAUGAAUUACGUAAACAAAAUAAAUUAUUAUGGAGUUUAAGAGAUAAAUUAGAAAGCCAAGUAUCCAAAGAAGCGCUAAUUGGUUUAUUGGAAUACAAUGAACAACACGUUCCAUCUGGAUUAUCUCGUUUAUUAGAUGCAGUUGCUGACGCUAUGAUAUUCGGUGCUCUAUCAUAUUGUCCUAGUUGUAAAAAUGGACCAUUACAUUAUAGUAAUGGACAGUUUAAAUGUAGUGCUAUGGCAACUGAAUGGGUUCAAUGCCUUUAUCAUACACGGACACCUGAUCGAAGAAAGUUUAAAAUACCUAAGGAAUAUCAGGAUGUUGAUUUUUUAAAAAAUUACAAAUAUGUCAAGCGUACACGGUUAUUUCCACCUGAUUCAGUGUCUGAUAUUACCGGUCCAUUGACUGGCUUGUUUUUUUACAUUACAAAUGGACCGUUCGAUAGUGGGAAAACAAAAGAACAAUUAAUACGUGAAUUUGCCAAUCUAGGUGGUGCUAUUAUGAGUAAACUCAGUGUUAAUUCAAUUGUUGUCUCCACAUUGAAUGAAUUGGAACAAAUUCAAAGUGAUAAUAAUGAUAAGAGUAAAACUUAUUCGAAAGAAGCUUUGACAACUGCACGUUCUUAUGGUUUGCGUGUAAUUAAUGAACAAUUCCUAUCAGAAUUCAGUCCUAGCAAAUUGGAGUCGAAAAUUCAGCAACUCUUAGCCAAAUAUACAAUAUCCAAUUGGGAGGUUAAGGCUCGUGCAAUAAAAGUUGAGAAAGAGGUGAACAAUUUACCAUUAAAUGAUGAUAACGGUGACCAAGAAAUGAUGCGAAUGAUAAUGAAAAAUGGUGCCGUGGUUGAUCCUCAAUCAGAACUGGUCAAUAAAGCCACAGUAUUAAAAGAUGAGAAGGGAGAAUUCAUGACUGCUGUACUCGGUAUGGUUGAUUUAAUUAAAGGUUCCAAUUCAUUUUACAAACUUCAAGCACUUCAAUCUGAUAAAUCACCACGUUGUUGGGUAUUUCGUGCAUGGGGUCGUAUUGGUACAUCAAUUGGUGGCACUAAAACUGAAUCGUUUCCUAAUGCCAAUUCAGCUCGUUCAACAUUCAAAGAGAUUUAUUUUGAAAAAACUGGCAAUGAAUGGGAAAGUCGUAAAAACUUUCGUAAAGUGCCACAUAAAUUCUAUGAAUUAGAAUUAGAUUAUAAUUCUUCGAAGACGAAUGAAAUUCAAACUAUCAGUAAUAUACCAUGUAAACUACACCCAGCUUUACAAUCACUCCUAAAAUUUAUUUGUGAUGUUAAAUCUAUGGAAAAAACAAUGGCGGAAUUUGAACUUGAUCUAAGAAAAAUGCCUUUAGGUAAACUGUCUAGUAAUCAAAUUCAUGAAGCUUAUGAUGUAUUAAAUUCUCUUAGUCAACUUAUUACUUCACGUCCUACUAAACAACAAUCUCAAUCAUUGGAUCGUACACAAAUACUAAGUGAAUCUACACGUUUCUAUACAUUGAUUCCGCAUGAUUUCGGUUUCAAAACACCACCAAUGUUAGAUAAUAAGAAAAUUAUUACCAAGAAAAUACGUAUGUUAGAAGAUUUGUUAGAAAUUGAAUUAGCUUAUAAAAUGCUACAAACUAAAGGUGAUUCUAAACGUAAUCCAUUGGAUGAGCAUUAUGAACAGUUACAUACUAAAUUAGAGCCUUUAGAUAGUAAUUGUGAAGAUUAUAAAUUGAUUUUGGAUUAUGUACGCGAAACUCAUGGCGCUACACAUACACAAUAUACACUUGAAGUAUUAAAUAUCUUUGAAGUACAUCGUGAUGGAGAGGAUAGUCGUUUUGCUAAGUGUAAAAUUGCUCAACAUAAUAAACAGCUGUUAUGGCAUGGUUCACGUCAAACUAAUUGGAUGGGUAUAUUAUCUCAAGGUUUACGAAUUGCACCCCCUGACGCUCCAGUUACUGGUUACAUGUUUGGCAAAGGUAUUUAUUUUGCUGAUAUUGUCAGUAAAUCAGCUAAUUACUGUUUUACAACACAAUCUCAACCGGAAGGUCUCUUACUAUUAUGUGAAGUUAUCCUAGGUGAUAUGAAUGAAUGUUUACAAGCGGAUGCGAGUGACUUACCGCCAAAGUAUCAUAGUCGUAAAGGCAUUGGAUCAGUUACACCGGAUCCAUCAACAUUCCAUACUAAUAAAGAUGGUGUUGUCUAUCCAAUCGGUAAACCGAUUGAUUCAAAUGUACCAAAUACCACAUUAUGUUAUAAUGAAUACAUUGUAUACAAUGUAUCACAAGUCAAACAAAAAUAUUUAGUUCGAGUGAAAUUUCAUUACAAAUGAACAACCAAACGAAACUAGUUCAUUAUUUCCAGCUAACAUUGUCAUUUCAAUGACUCCAUUUCUUGCAUUAAUCCUUUUGCUUAUGAUCUGUGUACGUGUGUGUGUGUGUGAGUGGGUGUUUAUUGAUUAAAAUCUCGGUGCGUUUUAUUAUAUAUAUAUAUAAUUAAUUUUACUUAUUUUCCGGUGUUUGGAUCAUUUAGAGUAUUCUUUUCAUUUAUCUUUUGUUGCAUUUCAUAGCAACAGUAUUAUCAUUCUUAUUUUCAUUAUUAUUAUUAAUGAUAAAGCUUCAUACAUAUACAUAUAUUUGUAUCAUUCAUUUUAACUCCUGAGAUCAUUUCACAGAGUCAAUAAAUCAAUCAAAUAUGUCC